CCAAUUUUAAUUCUCCAAACCCUCGUUCUUAUCUCUCUCUCUCCGCCUUCCCUUCCCAAUCCCAAGGCAAAUCCCCUCGCCUGCCCGAUCGCCGAUCUCCGCGCCGAGUCGGUCCGAUUCGAGUCCAAUUCCGCCGAUUCCGAACCUGCUAGCUGCUUGUUUCGCCAUGAAGGGAGGUAGAUCCAAGGCGGAGACGAAGGCGACUGAUAGCAAGCUGUCCGUGAAAAGAGGCGCUCCGAGCGAGAAAGCCGGGAGAAAACCUGCGAAGAAGGGGAAGGCUGCCAAGGAUCCUAACAAGCCUAAGAGGCCUGCUAGCGCUUUCUUCGUUUUCAUGGAGGAAUUCAGGAAGCAGUAUAAGGAGAAGCAUCCAAACAACAAAUCAGUAGCUGCUGUUGGCAAAGCCGGUGGAGAUAAGUGGAAAUCGCUGUCAGAUGCUGAAAAAGCUCCUUUUGCGGCCAAGGCUGAGAAAAGGAAGACCGAGUACAACAAGCAAAUUGCAGCUUAUAAUAAGAGAAUGGCCGAGGGACCGGCUGAUGAAGAUGAAUCUGACAAGUCGAGGUCUGAGGUGAAUGACGAGGACGAGGAAGAAGGCAGCGGGGAGGAGGAAGAGGAGGACUAGUUGGUGGGCGUAAUUGACUGGGCAAGCUGGGGGCAAGUUGAAAUUUUAUACACACAUUUGGCUAGUCUUUUCUGGUUCACUCUAUCUUGCUAAAUAGAUGGUAUUAUCUGUUUUUGUAUUCUGUUUUUGGCCUUCUGUAAUUGCUUAGGGAAGUAAAGAAGUUAGCUCCCGUAGCUGCACAAGUUCACCCAUAUAUUCUGUAUUGGAUGUUAUGUUCGGUGUUAAUGCCAUCUUCUAGCAGAUCAAAUUUGUUUAA